CUUGCUCGUCAGGACCCCCAAAUCCUCCUUGAUCGUUGCCCUCGCGAGCCAGUGCUGACCCUUUCUGCUAUGGAGAUAUGCAUGUAUAACAUCGCGCACGAGGUCGACGAGACGUUCCUGAAGACCCAUCUGGAGGCCAUCUUCCGUGGCCCACGGUACCGACGCCACCCCUCUGACCCAACGAACUUCGCUGUGCGUAUCUUCCGUCAAAACGCAGGUGGGAGGAAGAGUGGCACGAUUACUGUGCCAACGACGGCGAUCGGGGAGCAGUUCUUACGGGAACACGGUGGCAAGCCCGCGCAAUAUCGCUUGGUCCUUGGUAAUGCUCUGAUCAUCUUCAAGCAGAGCAGCAGGUUGCCCCGAGGGCACCAAGCCAGGGCUUCACAGCGCGGAGCUUCUGUUCAGCGCCAAGUCAUGCAGCACAGGCGUGCCAGGAACUCCACGACGCCGUCAGUAGGAGUGGCUGCCCUGCAGUUUGGCCACUUCUGCAGGGACGAUGUCUUCUCUGUCGAGUGGGAGAAGAACGUGGACUCCGUAGCGGAACUCGUAUAUGAGGAGCAGAAGAGGCAAUUCGUUAUCACCUGGUACGAGGCUCGCGACACUCGCUACGUCGUGUGUGAUGCCGCGUCGAUUUACUGGAUCGGUGCCGGCGACGAUGCCGCAGAUGGACCGGUCAUACUCCUGGGCCUCAACCAUGCACCAUCGUACGAAUUCUCCAACGCCGAGGCUCAGCUAGCCUCACUAAUGAGUGCAUUCACUUUGGGAGGGAGGGACGUGGGUGACAAACUGCCGAAACGUUCACGAAUGUCCGCAUUCGACCCAACACAUAUGGCUGUCGCAUCGUUCACGUCACUCGCCAUUCGAAUCCUCUGCAAGUCGGCGCAGGACCUUGAUUUCUUCAGGGUUCUUGGUCGUCGUGCCCAGGCCCAGGUCGACGAGAUCUUAUACCCAGCUGUCGCGCGGGGACUCUUCGCGCCACGCAUGCGUCGAGCCUACGACGAAUGGGUCCUCUCAAAACCUUGGCCAGUAGCGUUCCAAAUGGAAGCCCUAGUCCGGGCAUCUCUUGUCGAGCUUCAAGAGGUACUGGAUGAACUGCGUCACCGCGUCGACUCGAUGCUCCUGCGCCACGGAGCGGCCCUCACAGGCGCAUUCCUCCACGAUUUUCGCACACGCGUCAAAGCCAUUACGUCGACGGCGAACGCAGAGGAUAACCCACUGCAAAACAUGUGGGCCGCCGCCCUCUCCGAAUUCCUGCAAAGGCCCUCGGCACUUCGUCUGCCGACGUUGAUCGACAACGAGGAUCUUUUCCCCUGCUUCCACGUCAUCGUGACGCCGACCACUAUGUUCCUCGAAGGACCAUAUCCAGAACAGUCGAACCGAGUCAUCCGCCAACACAAGGCCUCUCAAGACUCUUUCAUCCGGGUCAGUUUCCUCGACGAAACUCGACUUGCCUAUCGCUUCGAUCGCGACGUGGAUAGUCGUGACUUGAUCGACAGGCGCGUUAGACACGUCCUGAAGAAUGGCUUACCUGUCGCUGGCAGAACAUUCCAAUUUCUCGCAUAUUCCCAGUCUGGCUUGAAGGAACACGCUGUUUGGUUCGUCAAGCCCUUCCGAACUGCUGGUCGUCUCGUCAAUGCCGAUAGCAUCAUACGAGGCCUAGGGUCUUUCCACAAGCUCCCAUACGACAAGAAACUCAUGUACUGUCCCGCACGCUAUGCCGCACGCAUCUCCCAGGCCUUCACCGCGACAGACUCGGCACUCACCGUGCAGACAGAGGACAUGAUCGCCAUUCCUGAUGUCGUCACCCCCGACCGCAAAUACUGCUUCACAGACGGAGUUGGCACACUCUCGCCAGAGCUUGCUCAAGCCAUCUGGGGGCAAUUGCGCGCAAAGGGACGACGCGCCGGGCGUGCGUCGACCCACCCACGAUUAUACCAGAUCCGCUUAGGGGGCUCCAAGGGAAUGCUCAGCGUCGAUCACAACCUCACAGGGCUCACCGUUGGAUUGCGCCCCUCGAUGAACAAAUUCUAUGCACCCCAUUCACUGUCCAUCGAGAUCGCUCGAGCAUUCGAUCGACCUAGCAAGUAUUAUCUCAAUCGCCCUCUAAUCAUGCUGCUUGAAGGGCUUGGGGUGCCGUACGAGGUAUUCCAAGCCCUUCAAGACGACGCUGUUCGCAACGUGGAACGUGCUGUCGAGUCCUUUGACACGGCCGCACACUUGCUUGAAGCACAUGGACUGGGUACGUCGUACAGGCUAUCGUCGACGAUGCGCAGUCUCCACAGACUGGGUGUCGAGCCUUCCACUGAGGACACGUUCUGGCAGCGAAUGAUGGAUUUCGCUGUCAAUCAUGUCCUCAGAGAACUCAAGCACCAUGCCCGUAUCCCCGUACCAGACGGGUGGACUCUGGUCGGGGUUGCGGACUCGCAUGGAUACUUGGAGGAGGGCGAGAUCUUUGCUUGCGUCGAUGCACCGAGCGGACACGGCGUCAAGUAUUUGGAGGGACCCAUCCUCAUAACACGCUCACCAGCCAUACACCCUGGUGACGUACAGAUAGUACAAGCGAUAGGAGCACCCCCGGAAGGCUCACCAUUUGACCGCGAACCAUUGACAAAUGGCGUUGUGUUUUCCACGAAGGGACAUCGACCUAUCUCCACGUACCUCGGUGGCGGCGACCUUGAUGGCGACGUCUACAACCUCACUCCGAUGGCUGCUUUGCACCCUCCAGUCACCGAGGAGCCGGCAGCCUACGAGCCGGCAGUCAGACGAACCAUCAAGCGUAAAAGUACGAUGGAGGACGUCGCCGACUUUGUAGCAGACUAUAUCAGCAGCGAUACCUUGGGGAUCAUAGCCAUGAACUGGUUGAUGACCGCAGAUAGAAGUUCAGAAGGCAUCUUCGACGAGAUCUGCCUCGAACUUGCAGGGCUACACAGUAUUGCUGUGGAUUAUCCGAAGACGGGAAACCCUGUGUUACCUGCAGCGAUCCCACCACUCGGAAUGAAGAAGAAACCAGAUUGGCAUGCUCCGGAGACGCACACGAACAAUAGAAGUCGCUAUUACGAGAGCCAGAGAGCGAUCGGCAAAUUGUUUCGUGCCAUCAAGCUGCCAGCGUUGAGAGCAGUGAAAAGUCCCCGGCCUCGCCACAUGGAGGAUGUGCGCGGUCAUGACCCAGAGAGCAUAGUCAUCGACUUCCGCCGCACGAACAUGGGAAUCCGACACGGCCUCUUCGCGGAACAAGUGAUAGAGCGUCGUGUCAACGACUUUAUCACCGCGUCGCGGACAAGCGUCCAGGACGAUACGAUCAUAUACAUGGGUCACCUCCUUGCUUCCUAUGCAUCCCACCUCCGCAGCAUUUGCGCCCUGACCACCAUCUCAGUCUACUCUGGAUCAGCGAUACUCACCGAAGAGGAAGCGCUGAUCGGUACGAUUGCAGAGAAGACAUCGCAGCCUCGGCGACGCACAGAUGCAAUGGCUCGGUUGCGAGAUCUUACGGAGAGGCUGGUGAAGGUAUUGCGGGCGGACAUAUCUGGAGACGAUGGAACGGCACCUCGACAAUCGUUGGAACACGCGUGGGUCGCCUACAGAGUCGGGCUCAUGAGGGCAGACUAUUUUGGCGCACGGAGUUUUGCUUGGGUGGCGUUGGGCGAGAUAUUCGACGCUGUGAGGGACGUCGAGGAGGAGGAUAACUCGCUUCUGCGUCGAAACCGGUCUUGAAAGCGGCGCAAUCAGUGUCCCAUGCGAGUAGUUUGCACUUCGGCAGUGGAACUUGGUCGCUGAGAUGACCUACAGCACUUUUUUUUGUCGAUUCUGGUCUUUGGGUUUUCUAUGAGAAGGUGCACUCUCGCGAAGUAGUUCUUGUGGUGCGAAAGUUACAGAAGA